AUGGAGAACACCAGGUAUUUCUUCACUUAUCUCUUACCUUAUACUGCACCCAUUGCUUUGCAACCAAUUUUGAAGGACAUCUUGAAUGCCACCGGUGAUUUACGAUAUGGAGUGAAUGAAACUUUACGAGCUUUCCAAAAAGUUUUGCAUUUGUACAAGUCAGGACUUUAUCUGCAGAAGAAGCCUUCUCACUUAAAAGAAUAUUUUGUUGCAAAGGGAUUCCACAGUAUGGAUACAGAGGACUAUAAAUGUUGGCCUUCGUAUAGCCCUUUGAGAUGCAUGUUGUCUGUUCAUAACGUAGAGGAAGCUGCCUCCAUUUGCAGUUACCAUCCACAGUGCCAACAUUUUAUCAUCACUUCACAGAGAACAUGGACAGGGCGUCCUCUUGCUAUUUUUCAAAGCAAUUUGACCUACUUAAUUCCAGGUAGCACCAUGGAGGUUUAUGUUAAACGAUCUGCAUUUUCAAGAGGAAGCCUUUGAUUGAGAUGCUGGAGACAACUUGGCAUUGUUACUGGGACUGAUGCGAUCAACACCAAUGGAUUACAUUAUUUCUGCUGUGAAGCCAUUAUCUACAUUUUAUGUAGAUAAUGUAUUAUUUACAUUUUAUGUGAACAACUAUUUCAAUAAUCACAUCUCUUUAUUUAAGAACUUAUCCAACCCAGGGGCAUUUUCUAAGCUGUUUCAUACUUACAACUAUGCAAGUCUUAAUUUCAGCCACCACUCGGAUUGGAUGAAUCGGCUUUAUAUAUAUUAAAUCUUAUGUUUCUAAUUUUUUAUAUGUUUUAAAAAAGAAAAAGCACAUAAGCAUUUAUUUUUGUAUGGAAUUGUCCUUCAGGGACACAUUAAUAUAAGUUUUCUUUAAUAUAUGCAUUUUUAUAGACACAAUUUCCCUUAAUAUAGACAUUAUACAUUGUUUUAUAACUAAGAAAUGUGCUAUUGAGAAGAAACCCGAUUAAUCUGUGUAUUAUAAUUUAUUAAAUGUAUGCCACCCAUCUUCCAAUGACUGGACAGCUGUUAGUCCAGGAAGUACAAAUUAAUGUCGAUAUGUGCUUGACAUUCUUACUGUACAGUUUGGGGAAGAUAUUUGUUUCUGGAUGUAAUAUGUUUUUUUAAUAUUUAUUUUUUCUUCCAUUCAAUUGUGUCCAACUCUCAGAGACUCGCUGGACAAGUCC